CGCCGCUGAGAAAGGAGGUGUGGAAUAAGAUCGCGGCUCGGCCCGGUUGAUCGUGUGCGUGUUGCGGGGGCGAGUGGCGAUGGUCGAGUAACGAGCGCGACGCCAGAACCUCUUCGCCCCUGGAGAGACCGAGACGGACGAUCUUUCGGAUGGUUCGGGCGAACGGCCGAGUGGAGGGGAUGAAAGGGCGGUCUGCGCACGCGCGACUCGCGGCGGAACAGCUUCGCGCGGCGACGCUCAGUCUCGUCUGUCGCAAUCCAGUGCAGAUAUACGUGCAAUUAUCCUGUCAACAGUGCUUAAAAUCUCUUCUGGUGCUCGCUCGUGGCGUUCGCUCCGCACAGCCCGGUGAUCGAUACAACGGUCCCGGUAAACCGAUCGUCGAUCGUCACUUUUCAACGAGAGCCGGUCGUACCGAGUCCUCGCGAGUCGAAGGAAUUCCGCGCGACGUCCGGGCCACGUGAAACGAAAAAUUGAAAGCUGAGUUCCGCGCUCGGCCGUGCUCGCGUGUUCACGGGCAAAUUCGAAUCGGCGCCCGCGGUCGCUCGACUUGUACGCCGGCAAGUACGAUCCAGUCGGCACCGUGCGCUCCGCGGGGAGAGUUUGACGUUUCGUUCCCGGUGCCUGACCCUCUUCCCCUCCAACUCGUCCUUCGGCCCGUCGGUGUGUUGUGACAUUUUCAUUCGUUCCUGAAAGAAGGAUAGUGUCGCGCAUCUACGUUUAUACCCGAUACAUACGGCCGCGUGUUUUACGAUGAUCGUGUCGCGAGAUCGAUGAGCAUCGUUGCUCGGCCGCGCGCCCAUCGAUGUGCCGCCGAAGAUUCCCAACCUGUUCACGCGACUAGCGAGAGGAAGACGCGACGUUCCAGUGCUGUGAUAUAUUGUGUUCCACGGGAGGAAGCACUGUGACCGCGAAAAUAAUACGGAACAAUCGAACACGACAUUUCUUUUGUCCGAGAUGACUCGCCACCUGUGGCUAAGAGCUGCGUUCACCUUGCUCGCGGUGUCAGGUGCGAGCUGCCUGCGGAAUGUCAGCCUGGAAAUAGUUCCGGAGGCAGUGCAACGUGGUCAGAAGGCGAUUCUACGCUGCCAUUACGAUCUCGAGGAGGCUCCCCUUUACACGCUGAAGUGGUACCGUGGCAAGCACGAGUUCUACCGUUUCACGCCCAGCGAGGUCCCAGCCACCAAAACCUUCGACAUCCACGGGGUUAAUGUGGACGUUGCCAACUCGAACAAGAGCCAGGUUACGCUGCUCAACGUCGACUUCGGCCUCUCGGGUACGUUCAGCUGCGAAGUUACGGCGGACGCGCCGACCUUCUCUACGGCCUCCGUCUCGAAAAACCUCACGGUAGUGUAUCUACCCAUGGGCGCGCCCACUAUCAAAUCGGAACGUGAGCGUUACGACCCGGGAGACACUUUGAAAGCAAAUUGUAGCCUGCCACCCUCGAAGCCGCCGGCACAUCUCUCAUUCACCCUGAACAACGUGGCGGUGGAUUCCAACACAAAACAUCAGCCGCGGCAGUAUCCGCCGCAGAAGUGGGAUCAGAACGAUGGCGGCGGGUCCCCCCACGUCGAUCAGCAGGAGGAUCUUCAGUGGAUCGAGAUCAGGUUGAACCUUCAGCCGUCCCAUUACUCGAACGGGCAGUUGAGUCUGCGAUGCAACGCCCAGAUUCCCGGCAUAUAUUCGGCGGUAAACGAGGUGCAGCUCGGACCCGGACUGCGUGAACCCGUGCCAGAGAGAGUGACCUCUGAAAACGGUAGCGAGGCUUCCACGGCCGCCUGUUUGACGAUGCUGAUGCUGUCAAUGCUGCAGCUGCUUCUGAGAUAGUCGUGGCACGCCUGAGGUCGCGCGGAAGGGGAGCUCACGGGCGUCGCACGAUAAACAGCGCACUAGUCAAAAGCAAGAGGUGACGGGGAGGAGCGCAUUACUUGGGCAGAGUACAACGGGUCAGCUGAUCUGCCGGCGUGUGAAAGGAAAACCAAUAACGAUAAUUGUUGAAAAUCGGCAUUCUCGAAUAUUACGUGUCUUUUAGCGUGCUCGGUUCAGUUUGUUCGCCGACGAACGGUCGCGGACAGCUCCCGCGCACGUUCGUCCCGUGUCCUCGAUCACGAUCGUUCGCCUGGAUCAGGAUUCAGGACGUCGGCGCGCGGUUUAUUGGAUACAAUCCGCCUCGGCCAGCGUAUUAAACGCUCAGCGUCCCCGAUGAACACCCCGCGGACAGGUUUACGGCUCGGAAAUACGUACGAACUGCUCGAGACGCGCGGAGGCAAUUAGUAUCGCGUUCGAUUGCUGUCUGUCACAAAUGCUCAAGCGAUUCCGCGUCUGCAAAGCAACGAACGAAAUGGCUGAUCGUUACGGGACCGAACCGGGGGAACGGCUUUCUUCGGAGAAUGUGUCGGAUACGAGAUUAACCCUGCGUUUACGAUUUCACCCUGCUAAAUUCCCAGCGUCGUUAUUCCAAAGAUUUCGAGAAAACAACUUUACCCCUCUACACAUCCUCCUCUUUUCCUGCCUUUAACACUGCCAUCGACACUGCCCUUAAUUAAAAUAACAAUCAAAAUCAUCAAGUCGCGAAAGUGAUUCGAUAAUAAUUAUAUAGACAAGUACACUCUCAUGUAUUCUACAACGAAAGUCUCCUAGAAUCUUGAGCAUCCUCUUACGUUCCGACAAAUUUCAAACCAGUUACACGUUGAGCAGUUCCAGCGUCCAUCAUCGAACGUCCCCACGUUAAAGACAGGGUCUGCCCUUCAUCCCUGGAGUCCUGCCCCGGGACAAAAGGCUCUCCUUCCAUUUUUCCUGUUUCUUUCCCGUUCCAACUGCCAAAACACUAACCAAGGAACUCGAAGUCCACGCAGUCGGGGACCGUUCCACUUCAGCACGCGUCCCUCUCGAGGUCCCGCGGCGGUAAGGAACGGCUAUCAAAUGUACUGUCACGCGGCCGAAGAUGCGUGUCACGGCUCGGCCCGCGUCCCCAUUCAGCCAUUGUUCGCCUCGCCAGGCCGAAGCAGCCGGGGGGAUCGAUCCCGGUGUGCGAUUUCGACGCGUAGGAGACUAGUCAAGAGACGCGCGCCGGAUUUCGAACUUCUCCUCGCCCCUCGUCUCGCGUCCUACGUAGCCGAGGAAAAUCGCCCAUCGCUUCCAACGUAACGACGCUUUCAACCGUGCGAGAGAGAGGAUCCUGGAUAGGGUAUCCGCGGCGGGAAACGCGAACGCUUUAGGCUGCGGCCACGCUUGGUGCGAACUCGGACGAACCGGAGUGAACCUUUUAAAAUUGCGGGUACGUUACGGUUCAUGUAAUAAAUCCGGUUAGUAUUGAUAAUUACCGGGUUAAUAGUAAUUACGGUAAUAAACACCGCAGCAUUUGGUUAAUGUGAUGAAUGACAUAUUAUAAUUAUAUUUGUCGGUAAAUAUGAGUAACUGGUAAUGAAGCCUGGUGAACUUCGUGGGAAUAUAUUUUGAAAUAUUUGGUUAUUAGUUAUUAUUGAAACAUAUACGUGGAUUUUGAAGUUGCUCGAUGACACGUGAGCCUUAUGAAUAUUUAAAUUUUCCGACGGCUAUUCGUUUAUUUGUUUAUUUAUCUUUAGUUAAUUCAUCGUUGAAAUAGUAGGCUGACACCGGAUUUGAUUAGUUCGAUGUGUAUUGAAGGUUCGCCAGAAUGCCAGUUCGUCCGGACGACCCGUACAGUGUAACCGCAGCCUUAUUCGUCCACGAUACGCGAAUGAUGACCCAUUUUUUCGGGAAACGCGCUCGACGCAACACUGGUAGAGGAGCUCGAUAAACGAGACACAGGAUAUUUAGAUUUAACGAGGUUUUUAUUUUUUAAGAGCGGUUCUACUUAAUUUUUAAUUGUACCAUACGAACGCGAGAGAAAGGCGAUUCUUAGUUAUAUACUUGAGAGACGUUCAGCGUUUUAAACGAACUUCCGGGUUCGAUCUCGAUCUUGACCUCGAACGAGUUUUUGUUGCAACGUUUUCGUAUAGUUUAAGGAUCACACAUAAUAUAUAUAUAUAUAUAUAAUAUGUACGAGUAUGGAUAUGUAUAUACGGUGCCUCACACUCGAAAUUGUCUGUCUUAUAACAUUUGCUUUAUUAUUUUUGAUAGCGAGGAAUUGUACUCUACAACGGUACGAUAGUUUCACGAUCAGUGUAAAACAAACGUUUUAGUUGUAUCGUUAUGCGGUUGGAUGUUAGAGAUAAUCAAAAGUUUUGUAAAAUGACGGAUUAAUGUAAUGUGUAACGACGUGUAAGUAAAGUACCUUGUUUAUGUUGGAUUCUAUAUGACUAUUGUGAGAUCAAUAAACAUUUUCUUGCAAUUAUCCACGACCUUGUUUAUUCUAGACCGAGGAAUUUACAUUUCAACUUAUAACGAUCCUUUACUUAUCAAUAAUCAACGAUUACACUAUAUCUGAUGUCUACCACGAUGUCAUUUUAACUUUACAUUGUUAAAUUCUCACGAUACAAUUAAAAAUCAAAAUAAAUCGUACAGACAACUGUUUAUUCUCUUCGUCGCAUCUCGCAUUAGCAAAUGAAACAACGAGAAAGUGUCAGAUAAUUUACAGUGUGAGUAACUGUGCAUACAGAUUUCUCAACGAGUCCUCAUUAACAAAUUCUUCGUUGACCGCGCGUUCAGAAUCAUCCGGGAAUCCGACACCGCGAUCAAUCAAACAACAAUACCCCGGAAACUUUCGAACACAAGCCGCUCCCAUAAUUCCGGGUAUCGAGAUGCGCGAGUAAAUCCCCAAACUGCGAUUUCAAUCCGCCUUUCGACUUACCGAAAUCAAAACAAACCAAUUCCAGGCCCACUUAGAAAAGUCCACCAUUUCGCAAGUUAGACCGAUCCUUGCGGAAAACAAGUUUCUUUCAUCGCGACAGUGACGGAAACAGAACGAAUAAUAAUCUUCCGUAAACAAGGUUACGGGCAAGCAUGACGAGUCGUUAAAUCGAAGGAACGAACACGAUGCACCCAGUAUUAACCCCUCAACGGACAUGCCAAAAAGAAAUAUUUUAUCUCCUAUUUUUAUUUAGAAAUCUCGGAAGGAUUAUACACAUAUAUAUAUAAAUUGAAUGAUUGUGUUAAUAUUUUACCUUAUGAAUUCAUUUAAAUUCUAGGAUAUGAUUUAUUUCCUCCACAUAAACAAAUAGCUUCUAUCGACAAGAAUAGAAUAAUAAUAGCCUUAUGUUACAGUUAAAUUAAUAUCAGCUUGUCCACAAAGUAUCUUUCGUUUCAUCAGCACACAAUAAAUGCACAACAUUUUAUUGUUUACAUUACGUUAUAGAAUUAUUCACCAUUCAUUAAUUCAUUAUCUUCCUCAUCUCGUCCAAAACUUCCACCAGUCCAAAUGUUUAUAAGCAGAGCGCCAAAGAGACCUACAGAACACCCUAAUAUUCCACUCGAUUUACAGCUAAUUAACGCCGUUACACAGAAAACUCGUGCGUAAUGGGGUUAACGCUCGCAAACGCGUUCAGCCACGAUCGCGACAAGAGAGAAACGUAUUUUCCGAGGUGCGGCCGGCGAACACGGAAUUCACCGGAAUUCCCCAAUUUUACAGUAUUUCACGAGAGUUCUCCCCGAAGCUUCGGUUCGUCACUAACCCAGAUCCGGCUGCAAAUAUUUCUAUGGAACGAUACUAAGCAAACAGCACAAGUUAGGAAAAGUCGGCGAACAGCACAUUUACUUCGGUGUCUCUUUCCUGUAUUUCUCGGGGCGUGUUUCCUCGAAUAUUUUCCCGCUCGCCGGUUGUAUCAAUUCUGUCAACAAUCGGGGAACCCUCUCCCGUGCCCGAACAUUUCGCGAAACACGAAAGUUCGCAGUUAAUGCAUCCACUUCGAGAACAAGGGUGGAGGAUCGAUACAGUCGAGGGAAGAGGGAUGGAAAGCCCAUCGUUCCAGCGGAGCGGAAGAGCACAGGCGCAGCCUUUCCUGUUCACCAACCCCCCUCGGUUCGUCUUUUAUUAAAGGGAACCACUGUAAAACCGCCGAAGAAUAUCGCGCGUCUAUAAACCAGCCACGUGCCCUGUGUUUCUUCCGGGAUAGAGAAACAGUUCGUAUCAUUCCGUUCGCGGAGUGGUAGGGGCGGCUUUCCGAGGGGGUUGAGGGGAACGCGGCUGACUCGUCUCUGUUGGCGGAGAGUCGGACGAUGCUCCGGCGAAAACUCGCGGGCCAUUUACGCGGAGCGUCGACGUAAAACGGGGAACCGGCACAGUUCGCGGCGGGUUUUAUUCGCUGAGCAGGUACGCUGUCGACGACCGCACACGCGCGGCGUGUGUCGAGCAGCGAGAUGAAUCGCCGUCGGCAGCGCGGAUAUUCUUCGUGGAUGGAUACAUCGGGAAACACCAGCCCUGAUAAAGCUUUCGCCGAGAUCGAUCGACGAUGCGCCGUUAAUGCUGGAAUUACCUGGCAGACCGGAACCACUCGUUUCUCUUCCUUUGGAAACCGUCGAGAGGAUGCAAUCGCUUUUCCGGGAAAUGUUCAACACUCCGCCGCGUUACCUGCAUUCGUGCGAUACAACUGAAUUUGGAAAUGAAUUUUCUUUGGUAGCGAAGCGAACGGUAGUAUGUCUUGGAUUUUCAACGUUUGUCCUGUUAGCUUGACAGGCGAACGAGAACUAUACGAGUCCCGGGAUCUGGAUGAACGCGUUGUUAUAGUUUCUAUGAGAAUCCCGGCUAACCGACUCGACUGCACAGUGGUUCCAGCGUUAAUGCCUUUCCUGGAGAUCGCAAUUCUUCCUUUUACACGGACGCAUUUUUCUAGCGAUUUUUGCGAGUCACGCAGAACCAUACAACGACGAAAGCUACUUGCUGCGUAGUGGACCGUACAACGAAAACGAGAGAGGAAAAGGGCACCGUGUUUAUUUACCCGUUCCGUCGGUGAAAGUAGCGUUUCCUGUUAACGAAAAGGAAAAGGACCGGGGGAAAAACGAAGUUGGACGGAGAAGAGAGUGGAACUCGUAGGGCGAGAGUCCUCUUUUUUUUUCUUUUUUUGUUUCUUCCCCUAUUUCUGUUUGUAUCGACACAGAAGGGCGAGGGGUUGUGCUCUAAUCGCGCUGCGGUACAAGUAAAUCCCGGUUUUUUUAUUUCGGGCGUGCGAUUGUGUGUUCUCGUCCGCCAUCGCGUCACCGAGCCCGUAGGAAAAUUAUAGAUGCACACACGACCGUGCGCGGUUUCAGAUAGGUCCUACUAGCCGUAGCCCGCAGUGUAGAUAUUUUUUCAUGGGUGGAAGCAAGGAAGGAAGGAGUGAGUGUCCGGGCGAGAAUGAAUUUUCUGCGAGCGUCGACGCGGCUUUCGUGAAAUGUAAUUAUGAGCACGAGAACUAUUAUAUUACUGAUCCGCUGAAAAAAUAAACGAGCGUAACGUAGUUGCGAGAACAAACGCUGGGAACGAUGUAAUUUGUUCUUCUAAUACGUUUAAGGUGUUAACCGCGAAAUGGCAGAGGACCGACCGGCCCGUGAACGUCAACCGUAUCUUGUGUCGUUAGACGAAAUUAAUCCGCGGUUUCGCCCGAAUGCCAAAGACGUGACAUAUGUUUCUUUCUAUUUCCUUUCUCUUUCUAUUCUUUCUUUCGAUUGUUUAUCUCGUUUCUCUCCGAAUGUUUGUAACACGUACUUAUGCAACCGUAAAGUUGCAAUUCACGUAAGUAUAAGCGCUAACCGUAAUAUUAAGCGGAGGAAUGGUAAUUUCGAAGAACCGACUACUGUAAUCAAUGUACGGAUUAAAGUGGAAAAUUAAUUUUAAACAAAAAGAAAACAAAAAGGAAUGAGGUUGUUAACGGCGUACCCAUGAUUUAUUGAAUUCUUGUUGCGUCACUGUGAACGUUUAAGAGUUUAUUUUCGAAACUUUUUAUAUGGAGCAUCUGUGCGAUGGAUCAUUUGGAACUACAUAUUAUGUUUGAUAUUUAAAAUUGGAAUACUGUAAUACAUGGUAACUACACUGUUAUUGUACAUAAUAUUUUCUUAUAUUUUACCU